GGGGGGAUUGGAAACUGCAAAGGCACCACACCACGAAAACACCAACCGCGUCGCAGUCAAAAACGAACACUUUUGACGCCUGGUUAUCAAUCCAAUAUGCGUUUAUUACUAUGUCUACUACUAUUUUCAACUUUGCUUAUCAACUCCACAAAUGCUUGUCCUGGAGUCAUUACUCAAGCCUGCUUCUGUAGUGAGGUUCACAGUGGAAUUGUUUUGGACUGUUCAAAUAGUUCUGCCAGUGGUAUAUUGCAAAUCAUUCGAACAAAUCAAGCACAAGUAGGACUUAUUCAGUCAUUGACUAUGAAUCAAGCAGAGCUGGUUGAACUUCCUCCGAAUUUCUUUUCUGGAUUAUUCAUCAGACGGCUAGAUUUAUCCCAAAAUAAAAUCAAAAAGAUUGACGAUGCCGCAUUCGCAGGUAUCAAUCCAGUGUUGGAAGAGGUGGUAUUGAAUCACAAUCUUAUAGAAAAGGUGCCCGCUGCGGCUCUCGCAGGACUACCCAACUUGCUUCGAUUGGAUCUUUCAAACAAUAGUAUUGUGGAAAUUCAAGAACAAGAAAUCUUCCCAAAUCUCAAUAAGCUGUAUGACAUCAACUUGGGAAGCAACAAGAUAUUCUCAAUUCAUACAAGCACAUUCCAAAAUGUGAAGAAUUCCAUUCAAACAAUCAACUUGGGGCAUAACAAUAUGACUGCAGUGCCAUCCUCAGCAAUUCGUGGUCUCAAACAGCUGCAGUCCCUCCAUCUUCACAAAAACCGUAUCGAGCAAUUGGAUGCUCUCAAUUUCUUGAAUCUUCCCGUCUUGAACUUACUGAAUCUUGCUGGAAACCAAAUUCAUGAGCUCAAUCGCCAAGCAUUUUUGAACGUGCCAAGUCUCAGAUAUCUCUACUUAUCUGGAAAUAAGAUCACCAAAUUGACGGCCUACCAAUUCCAAACGUUCGAGCAACUCGAGAUGUUGGAUUUGACGAAUAAUGAAAUUGGAGCAAUUCCAGCAAAUAGUUUGUCUGGACUGAAGCAACUACGGCAAUUGUACCUUGCACACAACAAAAUUUCGAAUAUCAGCUCCAACGCAUUCACCAACAGUUCAAUUGUUGUUUUGGUGCUUUCCUCCAAUGAGCUAAAAACUCUAACAGCUGGUAUUAUUUCUGGUCUUCCAAAUCUACAACAAGUGUCAUUCCGGGAUAAUCAGAUCAAAACCAUCAAUCGUAACGCAUUUUACGAUGCAGCCUCCCUUGUCAUGCUUGACCUGGCAAAAAAUCAAUUGACCGAAAUCGCACCAACGACAUUUUUGGCUCAGCUCAACUUGCUUCUCGUAGACCUCAGCGAGAACAAGCUACCCAAAACUCCAUAUAGCGCGUUCAAUAGUAGAGUUGGAACAGUUCUUCUAAAGGAGAACCCGCUUGUCUGCACCGAAAAUUUGCACAUGCUUCAGCAGGGAACUGGGGUUUAUGUCAGAGAUAGUCCAGAUAUUAUCUGUGGAAGAAAACCGACACCGAAGCCGGAGCCAGUGCUAGUUCCUAUUGUGACGGAUUCGUUAAUUUCAACACAAAGGCCAGCACUAGUUCAAAUCCCAAAAAUGCAAAUUCACCGAAACGUCCAUACAACGACAGGAGACCAAGCCCCGCAAAUUCCAUCUGGCGCAUUCCAGCAAAUUGAUCUAGGAAAAUCAAGAAGCUUGCCACGUGGCCAUUCCAGAUUCAUUUUAGACAAACCAAGCACAAGGGAACAGUCUGUUGAACCAACGGAAGAGUUGACUCCAAUUCAACCAAUAAUUCUUCCAAGUCGUGAAGAUGAGAUUCGCCAAUCGUCCAUGGAAGCAGGGACAUCGCAAGAAUCAGUGGAAGCUACCAGUCAAAAAAUUCCCUCUACUACUGACAUUAUCGACAGACCAAACGUUGUCCUCCCAUUCCCAGUACCAUUUUUGAAAAGAGGUCCAAACCUAUCAGAGUCGAAAAAAGUUGAGUCAACUGAUAUGCCAUCAACUUCACAAGUGUUCCACACUUUGCCUCCGUCAAUUCUCAUUGAGCCUGGAAGCACUCCAAAAGUGGCGCAACCAUCUACUGAAGCUAAUAUCAAGAGUGAGCACAUUGACGAAUUCGCUCUAGCUUCUUCAAAUUCCAAUGAGCCAACUCUCCAACCGCGUCUCGAAAAGUCCUUCUUCACAACAACUAUCAUUUUCAUUUGCGUUGGCACAGCCGUUAUUGUGCUCGUUGUGGUUAUUGCUGGACUUUGUAUCAGUAAGCACAGACAGCUACAAUUCGAGAACACUUAUUCUGAUAGCAGUGCUGCUAGAACCAGCGAGUACAUUUCAACUCAAUACAGACAAAAUUCCCUGCGUGGCACUGGAGGAAGAGUUGGACGAUUUGAAGAAUCACCAGCCUGGAUUUACAAUCCUGGAUCCAGUUAUUGCAAUUAUUACAAAUAAUUUCGCAUUUGUUUGCAUUGCACACUUCCCCAUACAUGUAUUUAUCUUCCCAAAAACUUGCCGAUCUCUUAAUAAAUUUUUAUUAAAUUAUUAUA